CUACUAUUCUCAAGCGGUGCAUGGGUCCGUUUGCAGUACGGUGUGUGCGUUGAAAGAGAGGGUGGUGCAUGUGUGUGUAUAAUUUGUGUGUCUGUAUACCCAAGGGGCUGCGGGCGAGACAGACCAUUCAUGAGUAUGAAUCGUAUUAUCGAGGAUUCCCGCCUGGGCAUUGCACGCGACGCUGGUUGGGAAGACUCACUACGAGCUAGCUACAAAUAUUCGACAGGCCAGCUGAUCGAGCUCACACACCGUCCCGAACCCCCUAACGCACGGACCACUCGAGCAGUACUAACCGGGUUCCCUACUUCUUUCUUUAUAAAAAUCCAUCAUCGUAUUUCCAACCCGGCAAAUUUGAGCUCUGAUCGCUCUCUGAAGUUAAUAUUUAUUUUUUCACAAAGUGCUUCAGAAUGGCUAAUUCGGAUCCCAAUUUUGGAUGUCUAUUCACCUCUGUUCAAAGGGAAUACCCCACACCGGUCGCCGCGCAAGUCAAAGGUAAACUCCCGGGCUGGCUCCGGGGGUCCCUCGUGCGGAUUGGUCCCGGUCUGUUCGAGGUAGGCGAAACAGAAUACAAGCACUGGUUCGAUGGUCUAGCCCUAAUGCAUAGGUUUGCGUUCCGGGACGGUAAGGUCAGCUACCAAAACCGGUUCCUCAGAAGUAAUGCUUACAAGAAGGCCAUGAAAUACAACAAAAUCAUCCUCUCGGAGUUCGGCACAGUAGGAAUACCAGACCCAUGUAAGAACGUCCUCGAGCGGUUUGCCACCCAUUUUUUACCGCUCAAUGUUACAGACAAUAAUUUAAUAAACGUGUAUCAACUUGGGGAUGAGGUAUACACAGCAACGGAGACGCACACGCCGAGAAAGAUCAACCUCGAAGACCUAAGCACAGAGGACCAAACGAUUGAUCUUUUAAAGAUGUUCGGUAUGAUGACGGCGUCUGCGCAUGCGCAAGUGGACAGAGACGGGUGCUCAUAUAACAUGGGAACAUCUUACCUCACUGGCUGCUAUUACAAUAUUAUCAAGUUCUUCCCUAAAUCUUAUUCAGAAUCAUCAUCAUUAUCGUCAUCACCGUCGUCAACAUCGUUAGAAAAUAACUCGACGUUAACCAGCGAAUCAAGUACGGACAGAAGUAGUCCCAUGUCGGCUAAACUUCUCUGCAGUAUCCGAGCACGGAAUCCUCUGAAACCAUCGUACUUUCACAGUUUUGGUAUGACUGACAAUUACAUCGUUUUUUCGGAACAGACUCUUAACAUCAACGUCGCCAAGCUGGCCACAUCGCAGAUGCUUGGCAAGCCGGUAUCGUCGUGUUUCGAGUUCGACCACAACGGAACGACGCUCUUUCAUCUCGUCGAUAAGCAGACUGGAGAGCAGAUGACCACGAGGUACGAGUCGGGUCCGCUCUUCGGUAUGCACGUUAUCAACUCGUACGAGGAAGAUGACCACGUGAUCUUUGAUAUCUGUUCGUACGAUGACGACGAGCUUCUUAAGAAAUUCUACCUUGACUACCUGAGACAUGGGGAUCAGGACGGCAAACGACAUUUUCCUAUCACAGAAGUUAGAAGAUUUGUCUUACCUCUCAGAAUAAAUAAGAGCACACCUGUUGGCACCAACCUCGUCACUCUAAAUUAUACAUCAGCUUCUGCACAACUUCGACCAGACGGCGUCGUCGAACUCACCUAUGAAGUCGCCUCCGAUAUUGGAAUCGAUAUGCCUUGCAUAAACGGUCGAGUCAAUGGAAGGCCCUACACUUAUGCUUACGGAACUUCGGGGAAAUGUAAAGGGGACUUCAUGAACACGAUUGUUAAGACCAACAUGCGAACGAAAUCAUGUAAGACAUGGCACAGGCCGAAUCACUAUCCGUCCGAACCGAUUUUUGUUGGGGCACCAGAUGCUUUGGACGAGGAUGAGGGUGUAUUAGUUUCAACUGUUAUCAGCAGCGAGACGCAAAGGGCAUUCCUACUGGUCCUCGAUGCUAAGACGUUAGAAGAAAUAGCACGGGCGGAUAUCCCCGAGACAAUGUCCUGCCCCAUCACCUUUCACGGUGGGUUCUUCCACUGAUAGAGGGACAUUAAACUUUCGUGGACACCUCUUUCCGUGACAAAAACGGCUAUUUGAAAUCGGCAUCGUGUUAUCUCGUUACCGGUGUAUGAGACUUUUCUCGCAACGAAUUGAUAUCGGUGACCCUUUCCAGUCUUUCUCCGCGAAUCUCCGAUUGCCUUGAUGGUGUAUCAAGCUCAUCUCAAUACUUAAAAUACAUUUUCCUCCUUCUUGUCUUCCGUAAUGUGGUCAGUUUUUCAUCCGUCUUGACUUAAGGAAGCGUCAGGAUGGAAAAAAAAACUGCGCGAAGUGAGGGUUGCUUUGCGAUCAAAAUCAACGAUCCACAAUUCAUGAUGAAAUGUAUUUUGUGUGUGAAAGUGUGACGCCAUCGCGCGGAGCACUCGAUACAUCACACGUCACGUGGUUGGCCAUUCGAACCAAUAGCAUCGCUGGAACCUAGUUUUGGAUACAUACUUUAGAAAGAAGGUCUUGAGACCAGUGUUGAUGCUUUCGAAUCCUUGGAGGCACAUAGGAUAAGAGAUAUUUCUAUUCUUAUACGAAUCCCAAUGCAAUUUAAGCAUGAAAAGCUGCAUAAAUUUAUUAUUUAUAUACCUUAGCUGCAAAGGGACGCAGAAGCAUUUUGAUCACCUAAAUGCUUGUGAAAUAACUUAGUGUGUGAGGAAGGCCAUUUAAGGUCAUGAUCAGUUAUCUUAAUGUCUUCCAUUUAGUCUUUUAAAAUAAUUUCUAGGGUUGUUUUUCAAGGAAAUGAGUGUAGUUCGUAUUGGGAUAAAAAAAUAUUAAGGAUUGAGUAUCGGUGCUGACUCUUCAGCCAACGCUGUCUGGUCUCUUUGUAAACUCCGAUAUCUAAUUAAUGUUUUAUUUAUGGCAAUAAUUCAAAUAAUUGUAUUUAAAAAAAACCAUGUCCCUGAUUCCAUGUACCGAUUUUAAUGUAACCCGUCCAAUCAGUAAUGAUAUGAUUAAGAUUAAUCAUGUAAUGUAAUGUGUAUUCAUUCCUUUCUACUUUAGAAAGUGUAAUCGGAAUUGUGAUUUAAUGUCCACUUCUUUUUCUUUCUUUCCAUUAAAACGAUUCCGUGCAAUAGCAGUCGUCCGUAUUUUUAAAUCAUCCUCUUUUUUUACUCAAUCGAAGUACAUUUUCAAAGGUUUUUAAAGUCUCUUAGAUUAUGAGAUUCAUUGUAAUUUUUGUACCAAAUUCGCAGCUGUUAAAUAUUUGGCAAAAUGAUUUGCCUUGUGUCACUUCUCUUUCGCGUCUACGUUUCUAAGAGACGCUUACCAUUGAAGCCCUUGUGUUUUUAUAUUUAGGAUUUGCAUUCGAUACCGUUUUUAUUGUAGAUUCUUUAAUUGCAAGAACUCUCUCGCUUUUGUUUCAGAUGAUAUGACAUUGUGAUAUUAUAUUUUGUAAAAUUAGCAUACAUUUCCCUACCUCAGUAUAUUUGGCCUCACAUCCGAAUGAUUAUUUUUGUGUUGGGGUCUCAAUUUAUGUAUUUACCUUUUUGCUUGCUACGUGCUAUUCAUUAUCGUGGAGUAACAUCAGGAGCGACGAUCUAUCCAAGAUAAUUAAUUUUGCGCCAAAGAAUAUGAUUCAAGCCAAUGAACAAUUCAUUUUUUUGCAAUUUUAUUGUUUCUGGUCGAGAAUUAUGCAGCGUUAUUGAUUAAUCAGUGUAAAGCUGAGUUCGCGUUAACACUUGCUGAAAUAUUUCCCAUGACCAAUAAUUUAGUCUUUGAACCUGGUUGAAUAACUGAUAUCCCCGAUAUUACAAAUAACACCUCUGAAUAAUUUCAUCUUAAAUGUGACCAAAUAUUUAGCAUUAUAAUUUUGAUAUUAAUGAGAAAUCGUGUUUUUAUUCUUCCAUUUUCAUGUCACUUAUUAAUUUCAGUCGGUCUUAUAUACUUAAUAGGUAUCGGGUCGCAAUUUCAAAUAAAACCUCAUGGACCAAUAUGUGAUAACUAUUGUUUCGAUUGUUACGAGAUCUAUUUAGUUGGUAUGCUGUUUUUCAGAGGAUUAACAGUUUAUCCACACAUACAAUCAAUUAAUAUCGGUUAGUACUGCCUAUUAUCCGGGUUAGGUGACCGGUUUAGAAACCGAUUCUAGCUACACAGGUUUUGCUAUAGAUGAGAUAUGGAUGUAUACAUUUUACGUAUGUUUUUUGGUAGUGAUACACCUUUCUGUUGAAUGAUAUCAGGCGAACUGUUUCCGGACGGUUAUUUGUAUGUAUAUGAUAUUUUCCGGGAUGCAUUUUUUUUUCCUACGAACUUUUCGGACCAUUUUCAUAUUGUACCACAUUUUUACCCGAUUUGGACUUUGAAUCAUAUUACAAAUUAAGGAAAAUUGUCAAUUUAGUAAGGAUUAAUGCAAUUUUACAUUUCCGAUUCGUGCUUUUUAAACAUUCAUAAAAUGUACUCUUCUUAACAUUAAAUCCUCAUCUGACGCCAUGAAGAAAAUGUCGUAGGAAAAAAAAUAAUCAUCCUAGAUUAUGGGCAUUUUAUGUAAAGUUUGAUCGUGUUUUUAUUGAUGAGAAAAAGCGCAAUUGGGCGCUUAAUUUGAAGGCUUUUGUAUCAUCCAU